GCUCGCCAUCGCGUUCGAGGCGGUGACGUCACUUAUAUAAAGGCCUGCAGCGCCUUUGUUCGCUCUCUCAUUGCGCAGUUGCAGCUCGGUCUGCGAGGACGGGAACUGGAGGGGAGGUCCUACUAGAGUCAAAAUGGUUGAAGCGGAUCGUCCUGGGAAAUUGUUCAUUGGUGGACUGAAUACAGAGACAAAUGAGAAAGCUCUUGAGGCUGUAUUUGGCAAAUAUGGGCGCAUUGUGGAAGUUCUCUUGAUGAAGGAUCGUGAAACGAACAAAUCCAGAGGAUUUGCUUUUGUCACAUUUGAGAGCCCAGCAGAUGCAAAGGAUGCUGCCAGAGAUAUGAAUGGAAAGUCAUUAGAUGGGAAAGCAAUUAAAGUGGAACAAGCAACCAAGCCAUCCUUUGAAAGUGGUGGUAGACGUGGGCCACCACCCCCUCCAAGAAGCAGAGGUCCUCCCAGGGGCCUUAGAGGUGGAAGAGGCGGAAGUGGAGCAAGAGGACCACCUUCAAGAGGGAGUCACUUGGGUUCUUCUAGGGGGCCACUUCCAAUGAAGAGGGGGCCACCUCCACGAAGUGGCGGACCUCCACCCAAAAGAUCUGCACCUUCAGGGCCAGUGCGUAGCAGUAGUGGAAUGGGAGGGAGAGCUCCUGUAUCACGUGGAAGAGACAGCUAUGGUGGUCCUCCACGCAGAGAGCCAAUGCCAUCACGGAGAGAUGUCUACAUGUCACCAAGAGAUGAUGGUUAUAGUACAAAAGACAGUUAUUCAAGUAGAGAUUAUCCAAGUUCCAGGGAUACAAGAGAUUAUGCUCCGCCUCCAAGAGAUUAUGCGUACCGUGAUUAUGGUCAUUCCAGCUCACGUGAUGAGUACCCCUCUAGAGGAUACAGUGAUCGUGAUGGCUAUGGUGGUGGACGCGAUAGAGACUAUUCAGAUCAUCCAAGUGGAGGCUCUUACAGAGAUUCGUAUGAGAGCUAUGGUAACUCACGUAGUGCUCCACCUGCACGAGGGCCCCCGCCAUCUUAUGGUGGAAGCAGUCGCUAUGAUGAUUACGGCAGUACACGAGAUGGAUAUGGAAGUCGAGAAAGUUAUUCAAGCAGCAGAAGUGAUGUCUACUCAAGUGGUCGUGAUCGUGUUGGAAGACAAGACAGAGGUCUUCCCCCUUCCAUGGAAAGGGGUUACCCUCCUCCCCGUGAUUCAUACAGCAGUUCAAGCCGCGGAGCACCCAGAGGUGGUGGCCGUGGAGGAAGCCGAUCUGAUAGGGGUGGAGGCAGAAGCAGAUACUGAAAAACAAUCAUAAACUUUUGGACCAAGACAGAUUACUUCUCACAAACCCAAGUGGAAGUUGUUCUAUCUUUACUACCAGAGGACUACUAAAAGGAAAAGUUGUUCUUACCUUUUUUUAUUGUUGCCUGUUAAGUUUCCCCCUCCAUGAUUUUUAUGCUUUUGUGAGGAAAAGUUAAAACAAUGUUUAAUUUCAUUUCAAAAUUGUUAACAUUUCUUUCAAAAAGCAGAUGUUAAAUGUAUAAAAGUUGAGCUGUGUACUAGUGUUGUAACUUUCAAAGUAAAAGUUUCCCUGAAAUGCCAAA